GCGAUGGCGUAUGUUGUUCAUAUUUUUGUGUCGUUGUUCGUACCUCGCCGGUCAGUUAUACCGUCCUAUUGUUUAAAAUACGCGACGCGUGUGAAUGUAGGCUGUUAACGCAAGGAUAAACCCUGACGUGAUCAUAGUUUUGUAAAGCUCGGAGUGCAACAAUUUUGCAGGAUUCCGGAUGAUCUACAAGUGAUCCAACAUGGCGUCGACCGAUCUGUCGUUCGGCUGCAUACCGGCGUUCUACAGAGAAGUCUACGAGAAGAUUUGCUCUCCCACGAGUGGAAAUGUGGAACGAGAGGUGUUUAAAUCCCUCCUUGUCAAGUCUCAGCUGAGCAGCUCCGUUCUCAGUCAGAUAUGGGAACUCGUGGACAGCAAGACGGGUUACCUGACCAGGAGCGGAUUGUACAAGGGCCUUGCACUAGUCGCGUUUGCUCAGCAAGGAAAACAACCAAGCGACAAACUCCUGGAAAACUCCGAAUCUCAAGAAUUACCUGUUCCUACUCUGUGCGAUUUGUCGGAAGUGACGCUUCUGGCUCAAAGGUUGCACAAAGGUAGCAACCCUGCAAAAUUGAACCUCACGUACUCGGAUAUUUGUAAUCUGGACACGAUAGAAGUAAACUUGGUACCGGAAAAGAAGGGGAUCUUUUUGAAACACGUGGAGUACCAAGUGACGAGCAAGAGAUUCAAUUCCGUCGUUUAUAGACGCUACAAUGAUUUCGUAUCGUUGCACGAACUCCUCUUGGCCAGAUUCCCGUACAGGUUGAUACCGAAACUACCGCCGAAAAAAAUCGUGGGAGCGGACUCUCAGUUUCUGGAAGAAAGGAGACGGUCCCUCCUGAGAUUUCUCACCGUUAUCGCGCGCCAUCCGGUAGUGAGCAAAGACCACAUUGUACAAUUUUUCUUUACCUACACCGGCGAGGAGACCCAACAUAAAAUUCGCGAGGUAUUCAGGCGAGUGCCGGACGAAUUCGCCACGUCGGAACUGUCCUCGAAAGCGAAGGAGCUGGUGCCGCCGGAAACGUUAACCGAAUUCGCGAACAGUCGCGAUCAAAUCAGAGUGAUACUGCUCGGUAUCUCUCGGCUGAAAAACAUCGCAGAUUGCCUGGCAAUUAGAUCCCACAGCUACGCAGUAGACAUGGCGGAAUUAGGCACGCAGUUGAACAAUUUAGCCUCGGAGCCCCACGGUACCACUGCUUGGGCCACUGGUGGAUCUACCAUUUGGCAAGAGAUGAAAAAGGGUUUCCAUAUCAUCUCGAAAGAAUUCAACUUGCUCUCAACGAGAGCUCUGCAACAAGCAGUCAGAGAAGAAACAAUGGUCUGUGAAAGGCUGAAUCUCCUCUUAGAUAUUUUAGUAGCGCACAGAAUACUAUGUGAGAGGCAUGAACGCGGGGUCAGUGCUGAUCAUCAGCGUGCAUUAUCCACAAUGUUGUCUUUAAAGAAACGACAAAUGCAAGGAGUCAUCCGCGGCACUGAUACCGACACUGUCGAAUAUCUAGAGAACAAGAUGGUUGCCCAGGAGUCGGUGAUCGCGAACGUCGAGCUACGAAAUUGUUUUUCAUUGCACUGUUUACACAUGGAGACACAACUCGUUCACGCGCACUUAGAGAUACUUGCCACGGUAUUACAGAGUCUCGUCAAUGUUCAAAUCCGCGGGCAUUCCGAGCUUGCCGAAGUCUGGAAAUUAAUAGAGCCAACGAUCAUGAAGUGUUUACCAGAGAAAUCAACGAAUGGAUCGAACGGAAUUUCAUAAAGAAGAGAAAGUUUUUUUUUCACGCUACGCGUGCUUCGCGAUUAAAACU